AUGAUUACUGCCGUUUCCGCUUCGCUUUCGUUCGGGAUGUCCGCAAAACCAGAGAAGCAGUUAGCUGAGCGAUUAGUCCAGCGUAAGGGACUUAUUGCGAUUCGCAAUGCGUUGGACACAUUUGUACGCGGAUAUAAUCACGAGCGCGAUGCUUGUGAGCUGAGUGUACGGUUGGAAUCCCUAGAUCGGUUGUAUGUCAAUUUCAUGGAGUGUCAGAAUAUCAUCGAAAAAUAUGACAAACCGGAGUCACUUGAUGAGCACAUUGAGGAACGAGUGGACUUCGAACAACGGUUCUGUAAAACGAAGGGGUUUCUUCUUGCAAAGCGCACAGGGGAUCUGAACGAAACUUUGAACAAUUCGUUGCAGGGUCCACAACAAUUCGCGUCAAAUUUUCAUCUCCGUCUACCACAAAUAGAUUUGCCAAAAUUCAACGGUGACUUCUCUCGUUGGAUUUCAUUCCGGGACACAUUUUCGUCAAUGGUUCAUGCAAAUGCUGACAUUCCUACCGUUGCAAAAUUGCAGUAUCUUAUUCAAUCACUCGACGGGGAUGCCAAAAAACCAUUUGAAUCGGUGGACAUCGAAGCCGACAACUACGCAGUUACAUGGGAUGCACUUCUAAAGAGGUACGACAAUUCACGGUUCCUGAAGAAGCAGCUCUUUCGAGCAUUAUACGACUUACCAGCAGUCAAGCAGGAGUGUGCGAAACGCAUUCACACUUUGGUCGACGAUUAUCAACGUCAUGUUCGCGCCCUAUCUAAACUGGGUGAACCCGUGAAUCAUUGGGACACGCCGCUCAUCAAUUUGCUUUCGUACAAGCUGGACCAAGCAACGCUAAGAUCGUGGGAGGAGAGAACGAGUCAAAAGGAAAAUGUUAGGUACGAUGAACUGAUCGAGUUUCUAUAUCAACGGGUUCGUGUUAUCAAUUCCGUUGGUUCAGAUAGCCAUCAUUCAGCCUCAUUGAAGGUGGCCGGCAAUCAACAGAAGUACUUCAAGCAGAAAGUGUCUGCUAACACAGCAUCAACAUCAACUCCGAGUUACUCCUGUCCGCUUUCAUGUUCGGACAAUCAUUCGUUGCGUUCCUGUCCGAUAUUCCUAGGAAAGAACAUAAACCAGCGCCGAGAACUGGUUUCGCUGAAACGGUUAUGUUGGAACUGUCUCAGUUUGGGUCACCAGUCCAAGAAAUGUAAUUCGAAAUUCACUUGUCGUACAUGCCACGAGAAGCAUCAUUCGCUCUUGCACGAUCCUACUCCAUUAAGGGUCUCAUCCAAAUCAGCCAACCAAAUAAAUUCAUCUGUGUCAUCUACUAUGUCAUCGAAUUACGCUGUCCCUACAGCAUCUUUGGUUCAACAGCCGCUUCCUUCUACGUCACAAAUCGUAGAAUCCUCUGGUUCCCGCCAAGUCAGCAUGGCAGUUCAAACUGCAUGCACCAUGACACUGUUGGAAACGGUUGUCCUCAAUAUCGUCGACGAUUAUGGCAAUAAACACAAAGCUCGAGCUCUCCUGGAUUCGGCAUCGAUGUCGAACUUCAUAUCGAAACCGCUGGCGAAGAAACUCUACAGUCGCCGAACUUCGGUGGACGUUUCUGUCGCAGGCAUCGGAUCGUCCACGAAGCCAAUCAACAGUGCAAUUACUGCAACCAUCGAGUCAGAAGAUCAAGUAUGCUCGAUGAAACUACAAUUUCUGGUCCUGAAGCAGCCCUCAGUCGAGCUGCCAACUAUUCCGAUUGACAUUUCGGCAUGGAAGAUGCUGAAUGUGAUGCUAGCAGAUCCUUUAUUCAAUGUUCCUGGAAGUGUCGAUAUGGUCAUCGGCAGCAAAAGCUACUGGGAACUCCACACGGGUAGGAAGAUAUAUCUUGGCGAAAAUCUUCCUUGGGUAGUCGAAACAUCUUUUGGUUGGGCGGUCACUGGUCCCGCAUCUCGCACGGCUACCUGCAUUCCACGGUUCUGUUUUCUUUCCACGGCAGAUGAUCGACUAGAGGCUACAUUAAGAAAAUUCUGGGAAAUGGAAACAAUUCCAUCAGCUCCGGUUCAUUCCACCGAAGAAAGUCGUUGCGAAGAGCUGUAUGCUGCAACGACAACGCGCGAUUCGUCUGGGAGGUACAUCGUGCGUCUACCGAGAGUUGAAGAUCCUUCAGUCAUCCUUGGCGACUCAAAAUCAAUCGCUGACAGACGCUUCCUGAGCCUGGAACGUCGACUCGAACGAGAUCCUGCAACCAAGGACUCAUAUCACCGUUUUAUGGAGGAGUAUUUGUUGCUUGGACAUAUGCAGAAGAUGAAAGAGCCUGUAAAUGAUCGUAUACAGCAUUGCUACAUUCCUCAUCACGUCGUAUUCAAGGAAUCCCGCACAUCCACUAAAAUCAGGGUAGUCUUCAACGCAUCAUGCAAGACUUCGUCAGGCUAUUCCUUGAAUGACACGCUGCUUGUUGGGCCUGUGGUUCAACAAGACCUAUAUUCGAUAUACCUAAGGUUCCGGACAAGAAUUGUCGCCAUCGUAGCAGAUGUCGAAAAAAUGUAUCGGCAAGUAUUGCAUCACUCUGCCGAUUUACCGUUCCUUCGCAUACGGUAUCGUAGGAAUCACACCGAUCCGAUUCUCACCUACGAACUACAGACCGUCACCUACGGAACAGCAAGUGCUCCAUACUUGGCAACGAAGACACUUCAGCAGAUCGCGAAAGAUCACGAGCAUUUAUAUCCGACUGCUGUCGAAGCUGUUAUUGAAGAUUUCUACGUCGACGAUCUACUGUCAGGAGCAUCGAACGUAGAAUCUGCCAUCACCCUGCGAAAAGAAAUCACCACUAUGCUUAACUCCGCUGGAUUCACGCUCAAGAAGUGGGCAUCAAACGUCCAGGUGGUCCUAGAGGAUGUCCCACCGGAAGAUCGAGCCGUUCAGCCUCUCCACGAUUUGCAGAAUGAGCAGACAAUUUCCACACUCGGCCUGCUUUGGGAACCAACCGCCGAUUCGCUUCGAUUCAAGGUCGAAUUGCCUCUCCCUGCUGCCAUUCUCACCAAGCGAAAAGUGAUGUCAUACAUCGCUCAAAUAUUCGACCCAUUGGGACUGUUGGGUCCAACGACAACCAAAGCGAAGCUUUUCAUGCAACGGUUGUGGACAUUGAAGCGCGAUGGUAUUACUUGUGAAUGGGACUCACCUCUAUCAGAGAAACUUCAAGCUGAGUGGAAGCUUUUUCACACUACUCUUCACACUCUCGCCGAUAUCCGUAUUCCUCGGUUGGUGCUGGCUUCUGGAGUCAGCUAUAUUCAGCUGCAUUUUUUUGCCGAUGCUUCGACCAGUGCCUACGGCACAUGCUGCUACGUUCGCACGGAAUCGCAGAGAGGGAUUACAGUACUUUUGUUGACAUCGAAGUCAAAAGUAGCUCCAUUGUCCACUCACCACUCCAUCGCCAGACUUGAGCUCUGCGCCGCUCACUUAGCCACACAACUCUACAAAAAGGUAGAAGCGUCUUUGAAAAUAUCAGUCACUCCAUUCUUCUGGUCGGAUUCCAGUACUGUGCUUCAGUGGUUACGUUCAUCUCCAACUCGUUGGAAGACAUUCGUUGCUAACCGAGUGUCAAAAAUCCAGACCAUAUUAUUCUUCACUGGAGACACAUCGCAGGCUAUGAGAACCCUGCCGAUGACAUCUCUCGGGGUCUGA